AUGGACGAUUACUUUGGAGCACCAGCUCCAGCUCCCGGUGGUGGUGCUCAGCAGCAACCCGCACAGCCUGCGAAUCCAGCGCAGCCGGCGCCAGCUCCAGCAGAUCCAUUUCAACCAAAGGCUCCGGCGGAACAAAGAAGGUUCGAAUCUACGAAUGACAAACACAUUGACUACUUAGCAGAUGCAGUGCCUGUACAGCGACAAUCAGCAGCUACCUCAGGCACUAGCGGCAAAAGUUCUUCGCGUUCCAGAGCUACCCAACGUCAGGCAAGUACUUGCGUCCAAAAACUGUGCAUAACCACAUGUGUAAUGGCUGCAAUCGUAUUCUGCUUCACUAUGAUUGCCUGCCUUCAUGUCGCAGGAGUGGUUGCUUUCAUUACGCCUUUGACGUCUGCCUGUCAAAAGCAAUGA